CGCCUUCGUUUGGCCGCCAUUCGGCGCGUACCCUUCGCGCAUGUGCAUGCCUCGCGAGUGACAUUAGUGACAGUUUAACCCCAAAAUGGCGGCCAAAUUUUACGUUUUGUGUGUACUGCUAAGUGUGGGCCUGGUGGCAGGCGCUCGUCCCCGACCGAGGCUGCAGCAGCCCAUUCAAGAUGAAUAUGACUACGAACCGCAAGCUCAGGAACGCGCCGCUGGAGACCAGGUGGUGCUAGUAGCAGCGGACUCCUACGACGGACUGUACCGCGCCGCGGACAGGCUGGACGACGAAUAUGAGCCCCGAGCUCUGCCCCGCCAUCAACCUAGGCUGAAGCAGCAGCAGCAGAUCCAGGAGGGACCCAAGCAGCCACCCGUGCAGACUAUCAGAAACUACAACAAGGUUAACGAUGAUGGUAGUUUCACAUUCGGCUACGAGGCUGCCGAUGGAUCCUUCAAGGAAGAAACCCGAGGAACUGACUGCGUCGUACGCGGCAAGUACGGAUACGUCGACCCCGACGGUAACAAACGAGAGUUCACAUACGUGUCGGGCAACCCUUGCGAUCCUAACAAACCUGAUGAGGAAGAACAAGAGGCCGCAGCUCCCGACUCUGCGGAAAGAGAUGACCCCGAACCAAACUACCCCAGACGACCAAUAGCGGCUCCCAGGCCAACGACCCCACGACCCCCUACGACCUUCUUCCAGAACGAUUUCCAAGACGCUGAUGAAGAUGAGGCCGAAGAGGAACCCCUACAGCAUAUCAGACAGAGAGUGGUUCAACGCCCUCAGCCUGCGAGGAGGCCCACCUACCAAGCUCAACCAAUUGCUAUCACUCCCCGCCCUGUCCAAGUCACAACACCUAGAACUCUGCCCCCAGCGACCACAUUCAGGCCCCAGCUCGUCCAAGUGACCGCUAAACCUCAAAUUCAAUACAGCCCUCAACCCAACUACUCGCCUUCUCCCGCUCCCGCUGUCAUUACCACCGUCAGUCCUUCCAGACCUGGCCAGAUCGACUUUGCUGCCGAAUUCGCCAAGUUCCACCGUGAAAACCAACAAUUGCAAUCGACGACAUCAGCAGGCGCCAAUCCUACAAAAGCCACUUCUCUUGCCUCACCUUCUCCAAGUGGCAAUCCUCUGUACUCCACCGAGCUGGUGUAUGAUCCCUCAAGCGGUUCCUACAACACUCAACUGUACCAGACUUUACCUCAAACUAAGGGAGAACUGAACUUGAACCAGAGACUGCAGCCUUACGUGGCCACCCAGCAACAGCAGCCCAGGCCGUUCGUGCCCUCUCCUCAGAUCCCGUCUGUGCCUACUGCAGCUGCUCCUAGCGGACCUCUGUUCAGACACCAGAUUCAGAACCCCCAACAAGUGUACCAGAGGCAGCAAGCUGAGAACCAGUUCCAGAACUCGCAGCAGCUGUUCGCUCAGCAGCAGCAGCUGCAGCAGAGUCAGCUGCAGAGAGACCGAGCGGCCGCGCGGGCGCAGGCCCAGAGACUGCAGAUAGCGUCACAGGUGCAGGAGGGCGCUCCAGGGCAGUUCUACUACGUGGCACCCCGCGGCGAGUCCGCGUCCUCGGGACAGAUCGACGCCUUCCUCAGAGGGCACGGCAUCCAGUUUUAGUCCCUAGAACUAAGUUAGCUGAGCUAGUAAAUCGCUAUCGACCAGUCAGCAACAGUCCCCCCGUCAGGCCAUAAAGCAAUGUACAACUCUCGGACUGGUCGCAUAGUACAUAGAGUGCGAGUGUGUAUGUCUAUAUCUAGUGUCUAUGGACGGACAGUUGUGGUCCCGUGUACAUAAUAUGCUGUGUCUAAUCAGUACCUUAACGUAAUUCUAGUAAAUAGUGUUUUAAGUAUAAAGUAAAAAAAUUGUAACGUAUGGAACGAGUUUCGUGCGCGACAGUCCCCGACGCGCGCUG